AUGGCGCUUGCGAUUGGCUUGCAUCGCGAGUUCGACAUGCCUAGCACAUCACCUUUCGUCAUGGAGAUUCGUCGAUGUGUUUGGUGGACUCUGUAUGUCUUCGUUUCGGGCUCUCAACUAACACUGGGACGGCCCGCUGUCUCUUUGGUUGGCGUGAAUCUUCAACUGCCAGCGAACCUGGACGAUCAAGAUCUUGCCGUUGACAUGGAGGAGCUGCCUUCGUCUAAAUCGACACCUACAAUAACAUCCUGCCUUAUUGCUCAAAUCAAACUUACAAAGAUUUCCAGCUCUGUCCAGGCGGAGCUUCUCACGCCAUCGACCUAUCUACGAGAAUGCUAUUAA